GAACAAGAAAGAAGAUGGAGCGAUAGCAUUGAUCGGAAUUCAUCCGGGAGUAAUUAUUGUCUAGAGUGCCGCAAAAAUCGUCUGCCAGCCUCCAAUAGAAAUUGUCCUUGACUGGAACAACAUUACCUAUACGCUGGAGAAUGCUCAGUGAAUGAUUGCGGACGGAUUACAAACCCAUGUUACUAAUAGACAAUCCCUUUGCGAUUUGCUACAUAACUUUCAUUCAUAACUACGCCGUACUACGAGCUUACUAUAAUUACACAACUCUGGGUCAUAAGUCGCUCAAUAGGCCAAGGACGGUGAUAACGAGGAGAAGAAAUAGCCUCCAAAGUAUUGUCUUAUUUCAUUUUGCUGAACAAAACUUCUGCGACGAUCGAUUUUCUCCACAACAUUGAGUCUAAAUGCUAUUAUCCAAUGGCCUUGAUUUCAAAUGCAUUUGUGGAAAUAUUUCAGUCAUGGAAUUAUUUAAGUUCAGGGUGGAUGUUGUUAUGUAAAUUCACUGACAAACACGCAUUCCGAUAUGAAAGGAUAUACAGAUAAUAGGCACAACACGCAAGUAAUCAGAUACCGCAAAAGAAUCGAAAGGCAUUUCUUAGUAAUUCAUUUUUAUCAUUAACGAAAAUCACAUCGCGCUUGGAAUCAACAAUGCGCCGAAAACAAAACGAAUGAGAGAGGAUUUUAGGCAACAAUUCUGGAAAUAAUAAUAUGCACACCUGCGUUUAUCCAGAUUUCAACAGGGGCAUACGUAAUCGAAGUUAACGCGUUACGCACCUGUUAUAAACAACAGGGUUAGAACGUGGGGGGAUUGAAGACACUUCAAAGAAAACCCAGCAAUAAGAAAGCAAUUGUUUCGAGAAAAAGUCGUUCUACUCUUUUGCUGUAGGGUGAAGAAAUUCCAUUAAAUACUGAACAGGAAAGACUUGGGGGGAAUUGAGGAAAUUGACUUAAAGAAUAUUUUUGUAAAGAUAUCCGCCUUGCGAUAUGGAUCGCCGUCGUAUUCCAUUCACUGGAGAACAAAAUACUUGCACAAAAUAUCGACGACGUAAAACUGUUCUGUUUCCGUAACCUGCGAGUCUUUUAAUUCUUAGAGAAAAAGCAGGGAACAUCGACCAGCAAAAAUACAAACAUUUCAAAGUAGACCCAUUGUCUACUGCCUGACCAUCCCAUGUUAUCUAAAAUAGACCCCUUUGAGCGAAAUGUAUCCUUUGAGCGAAAUGUAUCCAGUAUUUUCAGGAUACUUAAAUGACGAACAUUGAAUUGUAAGGACACAGUAAACAAUUCUUGGAAUUAACCUUAUUAUUGUUUGAAUAAAACAUCUUUUGGGGGGCGUGACAGGCAGAAUCUGCUUUCAGAGAAACUGGCCAUUUCAUUUUAAAUGAUAUCUGAGAUCUUUGAAAAAUUGGAUUGGACAUUACUCGCACUAGCACCAGCGGGAUUCAUUCACAGAAAUAUGUGUGAAGCUGUUGGAACAGGGCUGGUGGCAUUUGAAAACAGAGUUAGGCCGUGAUCUGCUUCGUUCACCGAAUACCAACUCGAUUCUCAAACCUCCGUUCAACAACUGAUAAAACAACGCUUGGAAUAUUCAACCAAUCAAAUAGCAUGUCAUCAAAUUUUUAUGGCGUUUUGUUCAAGGUCUUUGACAAUCUGUUAUGCGAUAGGCGGUCAUAAGUUCAACAUACAGCUUUCUACUCCGUUUCAUUAGACAAUAACAUUGGCAUAUUAAUUCGAGCCGAAGCCUAUGAACGUUGAGCCGUAUUAAAUAUAGCGGAUCCAUGUCAACGGCGAGUCCCCGGUGACACGCAUUGAAAUCGAGAGCGAAAGCAACAGGAGGUAAAUUGAUGGGCAGUUUUGUUUUUCCGAUGUAUAUUCAGUAUAAGAUUCAAUAAAGGGAGAGAUCACACGGUGGCAAUAAGCAAGGGCACCGGAAUAUAUGAAUUCUAGUCACUGCGUUGAACUGAUUGCACUAUUAAGUGCAGAAAGGUGAGGCGACCACCUGAUGCUAAACUAGGCGUAUAUUGAACUACUGCAUUUAAACGCAGUGUCAGAAGAGGAUCGCGUUUAGAAAUGAGAAAUCGAAAUCGCUCGGAGCGUUCAGUUGUCUCUUCGGUGUCUGUUUCAACACGCUGAAGGAUUUGCACCGCAUUAUAGAUACACCAAGCAACGUCUGAAAAGCGUGGUCAAGGACCGCGUUUAAUGCCUGUUGGAUCUGAUAUUAACAUUUUUCCUAGACAAUUGACGGCUGUGAAUAUCACUUGCGUUUGCCAUUUAAGGUUUAUUAAGCUGAACCACCUGACAGUUGCCUUUAACACGAAAGAUCGAUGUACCGUGGAAUAACCAAGGCAUGUGCGGAGAUACAGUGCUGCUUUGGGUUUGAACAUUUAAGCAUUUAGUGCUGCAAAGUGGAACUUGGUGCCCUUGGAACUGGUCAAGCGUAAAAUCGAUCGAAAUGAGUACGGCGAUCAGUGUUUGGAACAAUUAAUCAAAUUAAUCAAAUCCUGAUAAAAAAAAAUAGGAAUUGCACUCGGAUUUAUCGUGUCGCCAAUGGCGGUUCCAGACGCGGUAAGUGACCACAUUAAGAAGGUUGCAGUGGACGGCAUAUACACAACCGAAGUCAUGCACCUCCUGAACCGGACAGUAAUAGAAUUAACGACGCACAUGGUCAACACGGCGCCAAACUGUGGGUCAACUAGGGGGUACCACGCCAUGGUGUCAACUGCCCAAGAGGGACCCUGGAUGACCGAAACGACCCAUGAUUAUGAUGGAAACUGUUCCGUUGGUGGCUCGAUGGAAGAGAUGGCGUACAACACAGCGCGCUAUCCAUUCCUUCACUUCCUUCACAAUUUCAGACUGUACUUCACCCCGACUGUGGUGAUUCUGGGUUUCAUCGGAAACCUCAUGUCAUUCCUGGUGUUCACCUGCACCCACCUUCAGCGACUUUCGUCCAGUGUCUAUCUUGCCGCGCUCGCCAUUUCGGACGAGGCUUUUCUUAUCCUGCUCCUUAUGACACAGUGGUUAUUGGACCUUAAGAUUAACCUGUUCUACUCGCAGGGAUGGUGCCAGGCGAGUAUAUAUUUAACAUACAUAUUCAGUUUUCUCUCCGUGUGGUACGUUGUGGCGUUCACCACGGAGCGGUACAUUGCGGUGCGGUUCCCCUUAAAGCGACCCGAAAUGUGCACUGUGGCGCGAGCCAAAAUUGUGGUCCUAUCUCUGGCGGGGUUCGCCGCCGUGUUUUAUUUGCUCACUUUAUGGACAAACGGGGUUGAGGACGGAGUCUGCAAACCCCUGGACGGAUAUUCCGAGCUCAAUAAGGGGUUCAUUUACACGGAUACCGUACUGACUUUUGUCAUCCCAAGCGUCGUGCUCAUAUACAUGAAUAUUCGAAUUGCUAUAAAGGUGGCUUAUUUCUAUAGUAAACGGAAGGAAUCCGAUGCACGAAUUAUUGUGGAGCAAUUCACGUUCAACAACAGGUACGUGAAACACCCUCAUCCGGUAAUAGGAUCCCCUACAAGACGGUCGCAAGAGUCACAGAUGAAGAUUACAAAAAUGCUGUUAGUGGUUUCAACUGUGUUUCUGUUCUUAAAUCUCCCCAGCCACGGGAUAAGGAUUUACGUCCUCAUAAUGUUAUACGCCAACGGCGGGCAACACAGUGGCACACAAAUGGAAUACGUUCUACAGUACGUCUUUCAAUUCUUGUAUUAUAUCAAUUUUGCGGUGAACUUCUUUCUUUACUGCAUCACGGGGAGGAAUUUCAGACGUGCGUUUGGGAGGUUGGCGGGAAAGUUCAGGUAUAAAACUGUACGUUUUUUCAGCCACGUGAGUACCAGUCUACGAAGGCGGUCUACGCGAACGAGAUCCACGCCGCUUCCAGAUCCGGGUGAUCUACAUGUAUGAUAAACUGUCAUACAUGCAUGCCUGUACGCUCAAGUAGUCCUAUAUAUUCAUAGAGAGAGACACAGAAACUGAUCUGUUCCAUAUUUAUACUAUCUGAACCUUAUUCAGAUGCAGUUUAUUUCAAUAUCUACUACGAUACAAAAGCAUCCAAAAAUACCCCACAACAACGUGCAUACACUCACACACCCAUACACAUACUCACAUAAGGGCAUGGUAUUUUUUUUCAUUUUUAUACGUCUUCUCUUAAUUGGUGGAUGAUAGAGCUUAGGCCAAACAAGUGAUAUUUUUAACUGUGUUUUAUUUUCUUUUUGUAAAGCCGUUGUAAAAUUACACAAAAUUACACAGUAAGGUUAUACUGGUAUAUAUACAAAUUGUUUGUAAUAUAUUUAUAUAGAUAUCGCGCACACAUAGGCGCGGGGUUAUUACAAGUUACACAUUGAUAUGGCCGUCUAUAUUAUAGGGGUUUGACGUUAACACUCACAUUAAAACAUGUUGUUUGUAAAUAGCAUACCCGAAUCUUGUUUUGCCGCUGUAUCACAUGCAUUUAAAAACGGGAUAAAGUCCAACGCUCACUAGAAGCUUCGAGCGAGCCACCGACUUUGCGACUAUUGGGUAUCAUGUAGUAAUAAUACCGGUAGCUAAGCUUAUAGAUUUUAGUGUGCACCGGGAAUAACGAUACACUAUUAUUUAUAUUUGCUGUGCCUUAACACUAUCUGUAAUAAUAAACGGGUGCAUUUGA